UGAUGAGUUCAUCUCUCAUCUGAAAUUUCAUACUUCAAGGAACUAAAUCACUCUUUAGAAAGCCUGUCCUAAUACUCCGCCAGGGGAGGUUCAGGUUGGAUAUCAGAAAAAAAUUCUUCACAGUAAGAGUCAUUGGGCACUGGAACAGCUGCCCAGGGAGGUGGUUGAGUCGCCUUCCCUGGAGGUGUUUAAGGAACGGGUGGAUGAAGUCCUGAGGGACAUGGUUUAGGGAGUGCUAGGAAUGGUUGGACUCGAUGAUCCAAUGGGUCCUUUCCAACCUUGUGAUUCUGUGAACAAGAAAACUUUGCCAAACUUGUUAUUUUGUGUUUGACUGAAAAACUAAAGUACAAAGCAGGCAAGUGCUCUCACAGAAUUAAACUGUAUAGGAGAAAGAAAAAUAUGUUCUGCAGGUAUAUGGCAACUGUGCAGCAACAACUUCAGUUCUUGUACAUAAGCUGCCAGUUAUUCAGGCAAAAUAAGUUUUCCAGAACAACCUAUCUAACUUUCUAGUAGGCAACUAUCUUCAGUUGUCUUCUUGCUAAUGACUUCAUGGUUUCUAGUGUAGCCAAAUGUAAGAGCCGAGUCUGGUUUAAAGUAUUACCUUCAAUAGCCUAGCAAACGGUCUUUGCUCCAAUAAACAAAUUACUGACUACUUAAAUCAGAAUUCCAAAACUUCUUUUAUAUAAAGCGGUUGCUAUUAUUAACAAACUUAACCAUUAAGAUACUUUAAACCAGCCUCAAAUCUUGUAGCUAUUUCAAACAAAUUGGAAAUCUAGUGAUUUGAAAUAAUCUCAGCUUAAACUGUCCUGCUAUCUUUGGAUUUAUUUUGAAUGUGUGAACAAUGCUUUACCUGGCCCAUUUACAACAGAAAAAAUGUGUUGGCAAUUGCUUUAUAUUGAAUAAGUAAUUAUAGUCUAAGGAACAAGGUGACUCACAGGGCUUUGGUUAGGAAAUUCAGAAUGGAUUAUCGCAGGGGAAGGGGGUUGGACAGUAUAAAAGUAGUCAAUGUUCUAAAGGCAGGAGAAAUUAAGUCCAAGACUAUAAGCGAAGAUGUUCUCUGGGUCUGUGCUUUGUCUACACAAAUACCCUAAAUUCAGCAAGUACAAUAUGGCCUUACAUGACAAAACAAAAAAAAAGAAAUAUUAAACCAACCCACCCAAAACAGUUCAAUUUGUAUAUCUCUUGAGAAUCAAGAAUAUGACCAGUUUCUUAACACAAACUUCCUUCCUUCUCCUGCUACCCUGAAAGAACAAAAUCCACCUAAAGAAAAGUCAGUCAACAACUGAGGGCUGGCUACAUCAGUGCGGUCUACAUGUCAAGAAAACCCCUUCACAGGACGGUACUGCAAGAAAAUGGGGGAGAGAAACAAGUAAUAGCUUAUGCUUAUGGUAAAUCUGUUAAAAAAUAGACAUUCUAUGUAGAUAUGUGCAUUCUUCCUUUUCCUCUAAAAGGAAAGGCGCAUUAUACUUAUUUGACAUGUGAGAGAUGGGCAGACUCCUAAGCAGGACUGUAAACCAGGUGCCUCAGGACUAACUUGCAAUCCAACACCACUAUUUGCCUUUUAUAAACAAUCAUUUGAGCAAGAAGAACUCUGCUGUGCUUUUCCAAAUUUCAGUUGGGUGUGCUAUGUGAAAAAUAGCUUCUGACUGGAUGUGUGUUUAUGAUGUGCAUGACCUGAUCGUGUUCUCUUUAAGAGCGUGAUGGUUUUCUUGAUCAUGAUUACCAGUGAUCACUCUUGUGUCAACAGAAGUUGGAUAUUUUAUUCACUACUAGAUACCCAGUGCAUUUUAUCCAGGCAUUUCAGAACUCCUCUAAACAGGAGAUCGUUAGCUUUAACAGAAGUGAAGAAAGGCGAAGCCAGUGUUCGGUCUGCUGCGGCAGAGCACUAAAGUCAGUCUUACUUCGACCCUCCUGAUUUUGGUAAAGGGUAUGUUUCUCCUUUUCAAACAAUCUCCUUAAAAGCUAGUUUAACCCUGGAAAUUUUUGCAUUACACAGUCAAGUUGGACCCUUCCCAGUAAUGGGAAUUGCAGAUUUCCAUAGUACAGUUAAAUAUAAACAUACAGCCACAGGAAGCAAUAAGGUAUUAGCAAGUGAGUUCAAAAUCUCUAGCAGUCCUGUAACAACAGUUCUUCCUUCCAGUUCUCUAAGUGCAAAUGGAACUAUUCCCUAUGGGGGAGCAGAAGAGUGGAGAAAUCCAUUUGCCGAAAAGACUUAAGCAGGGCAGUACAAGUAUAGCACCAAUUCUAAAGUUACUUCCUAUCAUGUUAACACAAAUUCGCAAAUAAAACAUCCAUCACAUCAGCUCAUGCUGUACUGCGCUGUGAUUUUUUUUUGAUGCCUCCUAUCCUACUGGCAAUGAAUCUGCAAAAGGAAGGAUGGAGAAUGUAUUAGUGAACUAAAGGCUAGUGCCUACAAAGGAGCCUAUGCUUCUAUUUCAGUGUUUCUUGAAGUCAAAUGCAAGUCACAAUUUGAAGAAUCACUGAUACAGAACACUGAUUAGUCAGCAAAUGAUAGUACUCCACCUCAGCAUGCAUACAAGAUCCAACAAGACCAUGAGCGAGACAUUGAUUAUGAUUUAAAAAAAUGAGACAGGAAGGGGGGGUGGCAUUGUUGUAGUUUGAGUGCACAUGUAAUGUGCUUGCUAUGAUAACAUACAGCCCUUGCAGGGCUUGUUAAGAAGCCCAGCCUCCAUCAGAUCCCACGCCAAAACCACUGCCAGUAAUUACUGUGUCAGCUUUCUGAAUGCUGUCUAAAUCUCAGUGCUCAAGACUGGUGGUUGCACAAUUGCCUCUCUGAAAUCCCUCUGGAAUGCUAAGCUCAACUUUUGCAACAGACUUAAAUAUUUACAUACUCUAGGAAAAGAAGGUGACUUGCCUUGACAUUUCCGUGGGGAGUUGUGAAUGGACAGUUAUGAAACAGUCUUCCAUGCCUUAAGUGAGAAGCAUCAAGAGAGGUGGCUUCAGGGAGGAAUUGAAAGGCGCAUUGCGGAAUGACUUAAUGUGAGCUCUCACGAGGAUUACAAGGAGCACUGCCAGGGGGAAGUUCACAAAUGGAGUUUUGAAGGAGCUAUUUAAAAUGUUAAUGCGGCCCUUGGUUGGACCAGCUGCUUUAGAAGCCCUUGCUUCUUGUCUUAUUCAGGAAUUCCACAGAAAAUGCAGGCAAACCCCAGAGCAACUCUAGGCUGUGCAGACAUCAUGUUGCAGGCUGGACUCCAGUCAGAAGAGUUUCUUUACUGCUGAUGGAGGAGAGUAGAAAAUGUCCUGAGAAUGAUGUGCCUAACAGGGAAUGGAAGAUCAGAAGUAUACUGAAUCACCAAAAUAAGACACCUGGUAGCCAAGAAAACUUUGAUCUUACUAAUAACAGGACCAACAGGAAGCUGCUUCUCAUAUUAAUUGUGAGCUGCAACGAAUUGAGCUGCUCAGGUAACAUAGCAGGCAUGACAUAGCAGGUAUGAGUUUAGUUCUAAAACAUAUGUAGCCUGUGCCUGUCUGGGUGACCGCAAGUUCCUGCGUGCAGGAAUCUCUCUCCUGCUUUCCUCACAUACUGCUUGUCACUUUUCCGUCGUUUGUCACAUCAGAAAACAACCCGCAGGGUCUUUGGGGCAUAAUCAUGUCUGUGUCUCUUGUGAAAUGCGUAGUCCGCGUGAGGCAUCGCAGUGAAAUGAAAUAUUGUGCUUCAGUGAGUUUGCUACACUGUUUUGUGUGUUCCUUUGUGUGGUUUUGUGUUUGGGGUUGGAACUAGAUGAUCUUCAAGGUCCCUUCUAACCCUAACUAUGCCAUGAUUCCUGCAUCUCUUCCCUUGAAGCUGUACCCAACAGCGACACCUGGCACCAAUAUCUUGUGUGGUAAGUAUCUCACAAGCCUGCAGUUAACGCUUUUGUUCAGUGUUUGUCCAGAAGUGCAUAGUCAAUGGAGCCUAGCACACAUGUUGCCUCAGAGGAGAAUUUUUCCCUCAGCCUUCUUUCAUUCAGUUGAACCAGAAUAUGAUAUUCUGAAAUAGAAUUAUUUUCCCUGGUUCUGUAUCUUUAAGUGUUGGUCGCAGGAGCUGCUUAGGAAGUAAAUACAGAACUCAUCGUUUGGACUCUUUAAACUGUUUGUAGGACUGUAGCCUUCUGACACCUCGAGCGUUCUCAUAUUCUGGGUUCUCUAAGUGCCCUCUAGUGACCAGUUCUCUGAGCUGUGUUGGGUUUUCAUUGCGAGAGAGACCAGUGGUGUGCGAACUGGCAUAUAUAGGACUUCUUUACGUUCUUACGUUGUAUUAUCCUCCCACCAACUUCCUUAUGCCUACUCAGCUGACAUGUAAGGGAUGCUAGGGUGGUGUAAUUUGCAUGGUAAGCUCCUCUUACCAUAUAAGCAUUAAGAAUGUAUAAUUGAAAUGCACCUCGCCUUGUUUGAACUUGCUUCUUUUUUUUCUGUCUUACUCUGUAUUUGCACGCUGCUCGAUUCCAUGGACCGUGUUGGCACGACUAGGCAUUUACAGAAAUAUGAAUUUACUUCUUCAACUGAUAUCAUAAAUGUUGUGAAAAGCAAAGUUUCUUUCGGAUUUGGCAACAGAGCUAAAGCUCUUGUGUACCUGGAAUGCAGGAAGAGUUCAAGGGAAGAGGGCAAACUGGCAUGGCUCUAUAAAUGAUCUGGAGAAGUGGAUUGCAGAAGGAGCAGGGACAGUUGGGAUUUAGAGAGCUCUUCAGCCUAUAUGAUGAAUGUCUGCAUUCCUCUAGGUGACUCCAGUGGUAACCAGCGACAGGACAUGAAGAAAUGGAAUUAAGCUGAGUCAGGAGAGGUUCAGACUGGGCACUAGGAAAGGGUUCUUCACUGAGAGAGUGGCCGGUCACUGGAACGGACUCCUCAGGGAAGUGGUCACAGCACAAAGCCCGUCAGAGUUCAAGAAGCAUCUGGAUGGUGCUCUUAGUCUUAUGGUUUCAUUUUAGGUAGUCUUGCGAGGAACAGGAAGUUGGACUUGAUGAUCCUAAGGAGCAAGAAAUAUGCAGUGUUUCAUUCUGGGCAUGGGGAAGUUUUAGUCUCUUCCAUGCUAUGGAAAGGAAAGUUGUCCAGUAUGCAACAGCAUCACUGACUUGGAAAUUGUGCAAUUGAUAUAUGCUUGGCAAUUAUUACUCUGUUACCUAUGCUGCUCUGGAUCUUCUACAUCUGCUGCCCUGCCACUCCGCCUCCUUUGUUGUGGAGCUCAGGAGAGGACAAAUUGAACUCUGCUCCAAACUAAGCAUCUUUUUCUUCCUUUAAAUGAAGUGAAUUCUGCUAUAUUAGAAAAGAUCAAAAAAAAAUGGUGCUUCAUUUGAAAGCCUUUCCCCCUCCUUGUGUCUUCAGAAGGCAAUACAGUGUGAUCUCUGUCAGCAAAGUUUUUCCUUGACUUCUCUACUUAUAUAAGAAAAGACUGUUUGCUGUUCUUUAGGAAGUGAAGGAUUGCCUGUACAGAACCCUCCACAGAUAUAAAAAAUUGGUAACUCAUCAGGACUCUCCCUCUUUGGUUCAUUGAGCGUAGAUUAAUCUUUGCUCCAGGAUUCAUGUGGCUUUGGGGUGUUCUGAAGAGGCAGCCCUUGAACACAGAAUGACUUUCACAGCCUGUCUUUUUCAUACAAACUUGUAUCUCCCCCUCCAGAAGAAUCAAGUCACAUUUGGAAAAGGAGCUGCCGGUUUCAGUUGGAUCAUUGAAUCACAGAACAUUGAAUCUGGACAUCGCAGAGCCACUGAACCUAACUGAAAGAUUAAUUUUAAUUUAAAAAAAGUAAUUUUAAGAUGAAAAAGAAAAAGGAACACUCAACAUCACUCAAGCAGAACCCUGUUCUUCAAGAAAGAGAACAACAUGCUCUCUGUUGUGGCACAGAAUUUCACUUGACUGGAGCUAAUGUUUACCUCAGAGAAAAGGAUUAUGAGCAUAGUAAGAAAUGUUUCCAAGAAGUGGAGGAAUGGUCCUCAUCUGAGCGAGGCGAAUAAUAAGGUCUGCUGGCAAAUGAAACAGCAAGGCUAACAUGAAGCUGUAAAUGAGCAGAGGGAUGAAUACGCUGUCAGAAGCUGCUUCGUGAAAAGACUUAACGAAAGAGUUUAAUGAAUGCAAAACAUCUUGCACUUAGAGAAGGUAGGAGGGAACAGUGUAGAUUCAUAGCAGUAGGUAUUCAUCACCAAAACAUGCUCCUUUGAAUGCUGUUGGGUUAAAUUAGUAGGAAGUAAAUGAGUAGCUUUACAUUUCAACAACAAUUUAUGUGUAAGCUUACAGAGGAGGAGAUCUGUGGUUUCUGUUUUGUCUAAACCCCAAAGGAUGCUGAUGGAUGAAUGCACAGCAGGAAUUGCUUUCAUUCUCUCUAUUGUUGUUACCCUGGGAAGGAAAAGAGUGCCUUGUCCCACUGUCCCAAGUGGACAAAACGUGCUAAAUGGUGUAAGAGGUAAUCCUCGUAAGUUCUGAGCAGACAAUUUUGUUUAAUCGAACAUGGAAUAAACAAGAGUUUAAAUGUCUUAAAUACGUUCACAGGGAACAAAUGACAACUACACCACCCAGCUUGGUAUCAUCUGCAAACUUGCUGAUGGUGCACUCAAUCUCUCUGUCAAUAUCAUUGAUAAAGAUAUUGAACAGCACCAGUUCAUUAAAAUUCUGGAUCAUUAAAAUUCAUUAAAAUGUGGCUUCUAAAACCAGUUUGUUUUCUUAAUAGGCAGCAAAUGGAGCAGUGACUACUGUAUUGUGGAUGAGACUCUCUGACAGGAGGAAACAGCAUCCUGCUGUGGCAACAGCCAUCUGGCAUGAGCACCAAGCGGCGUGUGGCGAGGCUGGUUUGAUGUAGGCUCUGGAAGCUCUAUAUCUGGUGAACCGAGAGGAAAAGCUCAACACAGUGAGGUGAGAGACACCUCAGUACCAAAAUUGCCUCAAAUAUGCCAUGUUGACAUGCAGGUUGGGAUAUGGAUUGGAGGAAGAAUGUGUGUGAGGAUAGGGCACCAAGCUCAGGAGCAGCAGAGUGGCAAAAUUCAUUUCACUCCCUUUGACGCCUUCUCUGGCAAUUCAAGGAGGAGGUGGUGGAGAAAAGGAGAAAACGGAGAAAAGGGUGUGCAGCUGUGAGGGUUUUCCUGAAGAGGUGUGGGGUGAUGUGGAGCCGUCCUUGUGCAGCAGAAGUCUUUGUUCUGUGGGCCAGAAAGCAUAAAGAAGAGGUCAGACAUCGUUUAUGAGCUGUUUCCAUUUCUGGCAACAAGAGGCAAGAAGUCACAUGUGCUUCAUUAAAUUAGUAGAUCAGUCAGCAUCUGUCCUGAGAUUCUGUGUUGGAAUCUAUUUGGUUGUUUUACCCACCACAGUAACGCACACUUUGGCUACAGGAGUGAUGCUGCUGAGACCCGAGGAGGCUGUUCAGCACCUGAAUGCCAUUAACCUCUGAGAGAAGAGUAGCAGUGCUGAGAGUGGCUUUGUGGGACACCUCCCCAUGAUGAUUCCACCAUCUGCAACAACUCCCAUCAGUGAUGCUGCACUCUUGUCCAGCAUGGCUUCUCAGGAAAUCUGGAGGUCACAAGUUCCAGGCUAUUCUGGAUCGGUCACGCGGCACAUAAGUCAUCGGGCCAACAACUUCAAGAGACAUCCAAAAAGGAGAAAACAUAUCCGCCCUUCACCACCACCACCGCCAAAUACUCCGUGUCCUAUUGAUUUGAUUGACUUCGGGGAUCUCCAGCCUCAGAGGUCUUUCCUUGAACUUCUGUUUAAUGGGUGCAUUCUCUUUGGGCUUGAGUUCAGCUAUGCCAUGGAAACAGCCUAUGUUACUCCUGUGCUGCUUCAGAUGGGGCUUCCCGACCAGCUGUAUGGAAUGGUUUGGUUCAUCAGCCCUAUAUUAGGGUUCUUGCUACAGCCUUUGCUGGGCGCCUGGAGUGACAGAUGUACAUCAAGAUUCGGGAGGAGAAGACCUUUCAUUCUGGUCUUAGCAGUAGGAGCAUUGCUUGGGCUCUCACUUAUGCUGAAUGGCAAAGAUAUAGGGAGUGCCUUGUCUGACACUGCGAAUAAUCACAAGUGGGGUAUCAUUCUUACGGUCUGUGGUGUUGUCCUCAUGGACUUCAGUGCAGAUUCAGCAGACAAUCCCAGUCAUGCCUACAUGAUGGAUGUGUGCAGCCCAGUGGAUCAAGACAGAGGCCUCAACAUCCACGCUUUGUUAGCAGGUCUUGGAGGUGGCUUUGGUUAUGUUGUUGGAGGAAUACACUGGGAUAAAACCGGUUUUGGAAAAGCUGUGGGAGGGCAACUUCGCGUCAUCUAUAUCUUCACCUCAGUUAUACUGACUAUCGCUACUGUGCUGACUCUAAUUAGCAUUCCAGAAAGACCCUUAAGGUCCUUUAGCAGGAAGAAAAAGGUGAUGAAGAGCCCAAGUCUUCCUCUUCCUCCUUCUCCACCUCUAUUGUUUGAGGAGGGUGUAAAUGAAAACUUUGCUUCUCAUAACUCAGCUCACUUAUAUGCAAGUUUUACGAGUCCUGUUUCCCCCCUCAGCCCACUCACGCCCAAAUACGGCAGUUUUGUCAGCAGAGACGAUUCCUUGACGGGAAUUAAUGAGUUUGCAUCAUCAUUUGGGACUUCAAAUAUUGACAGUGUGCUUAUAGACUGUUUUACAGGCGGGCACAAUCAUUACUUAGCACUUCCAGCUAGCUUGCCCAGGCAGUCUGUGAGUGUCAGCUUUCCUCGGGUGCCUGAUGGCUGUUACCAAGGAGAAAAUGGAGUUCUGGAGCAAGGGGAGAGCAGCGUAACGCCAGGGCCUGAUGGCGAGGUGCUGAGGGUGGGCUCCCUGGAUGCGAUAAAGCCACGGUCAUCGGGGAUCCUGAAAAGACCUCAGACCUUGGCCAUUCCAGAUAUUGUAACAGGACACUGUCCAGAAAAUAGCAGAAGAAGAAAUGUAACCUUCAGCCAACAGGUUGCUAAUAUCUUGCUGAAUGGUAUUAAGUAUGAGAGUGAGCUGGAUGGAUCAGGCGAGACCUCAGAGCAACCGCUCUCCGUGAAACUUCUUUGUUCAACCAUCUGCCAUAUGCCCAAGGCUCUUCGUAACCUCUGCAUCAACCACUUCCUAGGAUGGCUUUCAUUUGAGGGGAUGUUACUUUUCUAUACCGACUUCGUGGGAGAAGUAGUGUUUCAAGGGAAUCCGAAAGCACCUCACAACUCAGAUGAGUAUCAGAAGUACAACGCUGGGGUCACCAUGGGCUGCUGGGGAAUGUGCAUCUAUGCAUUCAGUGCUGCUUUCUAUUCAGCUGCACUGGAGAAGCUGGAGGAGCGGUUCAGCACGCGGACACUGUACUUCGUGGCAUAUUUGGCCUUCGGGCUGGGCACAGGGCUGGCCACACUCUCCAGAAACAUCUAUGUGGUGCUGUCACUGUGUGCUACGUACGGCAUCCUCUUCGCCACGCUCUGUACACUGCCCUACUCCCUGCUCUGCGACUACUACCAGAGCCGUGAGUUUGUAGGCUCACAGGCGGAGGGCACACGGCGUGGGAUGGGUGUUGACAUUUCCCUGCUGAGCUGUCAGUACUUCCUGGCGCAGAUCCUUGUGGCCCUGACCAUGGGGCCGCUGACAGCGGCUGUAGGCAGCGCCAGUGGUGCCAUGUACUUCGCCAGCCUGGUGUCCUUCCUGGGUUGUCUCUUCUCCUCUCUCUGUGUUACCUAUGAGUCGCCACCCACCGAGGAGCUGCCACCCGCUGAGGAGCAGCGUCCACUCUUGUCCCGUGCGCGGAACGAAUAAAUUGAAUAAGCCAGCACAGCUUCCGCUGCUUCAUUGUGUCAUCCUCGGCCUCCCCAUUGCGGAAAGGUGGGCUCCUGCACCCCUGGGAUGGCAGCAGUGGACAUGGCAAAUGGAAUAUCUGUGACGUGACAUUUCUCUGAAUAUGGGACAGCUGUCUCCAAGAUCAUUCACAAUGAAGGUGGGUCAAAAUAGCACGACAAACCGUACAGCUGGUAUUUCUAACAAUUCUGACUUAAGACUUGACUUUAG